AAGGUUUUCGGGGCCAAUGUCAACCAUUCGACAUCAAGAUGCGUUUCUGUCUGCUGUUCUUUUUGGCCCUGAGCUGCUGUCUGCUGCAAUUCUCUGCGGCUGGAGUGAAUCUGGCUCGUGGAUUUGAGGCUGUGGGUCACCAUCGCAACAUGACAGGGUCACCCCCACCACGUGGUGGUCCUCCACCACCUCCCAGCACCACCGCCAGCUCUUCUGGGUGAAUGGAUCGGAAACUGUACCCAAAAUCCUGGCUAAAAUCCUUUGAAGAAACCUUCUAAAUGCACCCUUAUGUAAACUUUAGUUCUAUGUAGCCCUCCAGCUUUAAAAUAAAGAAAUGCAUUCCAGCAAUAAAAAA